UAUAACACAAAGGGAGGACCAACUCUGUGUUAAUGUGCACGGUUUUGGAAUGGGCAAAUAUGGUCAGGUGUCCACAUACUUUUGGCCACACAGUGUACACUGUGUUAAUGUGCAUGGUUUGGACACAAACACGGUGUCCAGUCUCGGAAUGUAAAAAUGUUUUUCCUGGUCAUUGCGUUAGUAACCUCAAGUGCUACAAUCUUUUGCACCUUUCAUGCCCAAUUUUUACCUUAAAAAGUGCAUAUAGUGUACCUAAAAUAGUAUUCUUAAGGUUAAUUAAAGUUACACGAGUGGUGCCUGAGGUGCAAUAGUGUUUACUGUUUAAAUACUUUUUUUUUUUUUUUUUUUUUUGCGUGGUGACUAAACUCUGCGUAAUCACGGACGCAUAAGAAUGAAACAGUAGUAUGCGUUUCCCGUACGCAGCAUCGAUCGGCUUGAAUGACUCGUCUUAGAAACGGACUGAACCAAAAAAGUCACUCACCCGCGACACUCACUAUUUUCCCCAAACCAUGACUAAAUCACUUGUAUUUAAAUAUUCAUAAUCCUGUCGUGAGAUUUACACAGGAAUGUAAUAAUAUAUUACGACUAUAUAGCACAAUAAUUCUCACUGCACCCUGUUUUAUAAUGGUUCGUCCGGGAAGACCGUUACAAGGGCCGAAUUCCGAAUGUCACCACGCUCCCUAUAUAGGUGUCGCAUGAAACAAUGGCUUCUACGUCACUACGUCACUACGUAGUGCCCUACAUGAACAGCGAAGGAUGCUUUUGGGAUUGAGCCUGCGCGUCCGCGUGUGUUUAGGGAAGUAAAGCUCAGCAGCAACCAGGACGCUGGGGGGGAAUCGUCAUCAUCACGUAGUCGUGAUUUUACAAACGCUGUCCGUGUUGCUAGGCAACAACUUUUUAAAAAUAUUCCAACCCGGAAGUACAUCUCAGAUGUUAUUCAGUGUAAUCGUCAGCGCUCUUAAGCUCAUCUAGAGCAAUUUUGCAGUCAGUAAGCAUCCAUCUCAUACAGUGAUUCCUCCUUCAGCUGUGAAGAUCGGGCUGAAAUGUCGGAUUUCCUGUCCUGGGGUGUCAUUGGGUUCUUCUCGCUGGCUCUCCUGCUCUUAACCAUCUCGGUGUAUGUGGUGUAUUCCGGCCUGCUGACGGAGAUCCACAUCAGCACGGGCUCCUCUCCUGUGAAGAGCAUCACUGUAGCGUAUAAAUACAGAGAAGGUCCUUAUAAAGAGUCCGGGCUGCUGUUUGAGGAGAGCUGCAGAAUUGCACCUGAGCUGCCCACUGUCGGUGUCUUCUAUGAUGAUCCAAAGAAGGUGCCUGGUCCGAAGUGUCGCUGUGCCGUGGGCAGUAUCUUGAGCGAGGGCGAUCAGAAACCCAGCGCAGAACUCCAGGAGCUCUACGAGAAGUUUGGCUUUCAUAUCUUCACGUUCCCCGAGGUCACCCACGUGGUCUCGUCUUGCUUCCCCUACAGAACCCGACUCUCCAUCAUCCUGGGAGUACGCCGAGUUUACCCACAGCUCGACUGCUAUAUUAAGGACAGGAAGCUGUGUGCUCACCCCUUCCUCGAGAUCUACAGGAGUCGGUUAAUCUACUACAUGAGUCCUCUGGCCAAGCAGGGAGAUUUCUACGUGCCCGAAGUCCAGAAAGCCCCGAAAAGACAACAGGAACAUGAGGAGUCUGAGGAGGACAGGAGGACUGACAUCACCGGUGCAGACUCUCACAGCGAUUGCAGCUCGGUGAGCUGCCUGCUCCAGUCCCACAGCAGAGACACAUCUCCAGCUCUGUCGCUCUCUCCGUCCGACCUGUACCACCAGCGCAGGGGCUCGGGCUCCGACUCUGACUCGGGCAGCCGGAGGAGUAGAAGGAGCUCCAGCUUUUCAUCCUUCGAGGAGCUCCAGCUGGAAGCGGAGAAAGGCGUAACAUCCGAUGGCCUGGAGGACGCUAAAAUCAGCUCUCGGCAUCGAGGCCUGGUGGUGGAAGGAGAGGAGUGAUGUUUGUAAAUGGAAAGCAAAUCUCUCGAAGACGAAGAGACCCGUUUGUGUGUUGGCUUUUACAACGACGUGGAUGUUCUAACUGUAAAGAGAAUUGUAUUAGCAGGUCUAUUCUACCACAGCACUGUCGUUUUCCAUUCUGACCGGUCAGAAGGUGUUGAUUUAGUUCUCUAUAACAGUAGCUCUGACAGGUGCUCUCACACAGGGACACUCUUAGGCUAAUAAUAAAUGGAUCAAAUGAACGUGGUGUUUAAAAAAGACAAACGGAUAAAUCACUGAUUUAUACGGUGAAGUAUCUUCCGUAAGGAGAUGUUUAACUAACAUUUACGGGGAAAAAAAAAUAAAAAAUCUACAGUGUCAGUAAGUUUCCCAUGGGGAACGUCUUCCACUUUCCUGUCACGCUUUACUUCGAGAGAGAAACAAAGAGAAGCUUUGUUACAAGCGAUACAACAUUAAACGGUUAAAACGUGUGAAAUAUUCUUCAUUAGUAAAUUUCAAAUGCCCAGCUUGCUGUGGUAUAAGUAGAAUAAAACGUGGAGACGUGCUAUUAAGGUCGAAUGAUGAACUUCAGCAUGGUAUCGUUCUCCCCCGCCUUGGAUUAUUUUCCUUAAAACCGCACACGCCGUCAUGUUUCACUCCUUACGUUUGGUACGGUUUGAAGAAGAUGAAAGACACGCUGAACUGGCAUAAGACCGGAUUCAACGUGUUCUUUUUGGAUCGAUGUCAAUAUUCAUAAUCUAGUGAAAAUUCAGGAAUGGAAUCAGUCUAAAAUGUUCGGUUACAAGUUAAAGUGUUGUCUCGAAGGGGCCGUUUAUCAUUCGGAUCAAAUGAAGGGGGGCGUUUAUGAACUUCUUAGUUCAGGAGUUUCACCUGUAAGACUUGAAAACACCACUUGAGAAAAAAAAAACCCAACAAUUUAAACCAGGUAACCUGGAUUUCUUGAACUUCAUUUCACUGUAGCAUCUUCUCUGAUAUUUAUGAACAAACGUUUGAUUAGUUCUUAUUUAAAGGACGAUUUCUGUGUUGCGCAAGGUACUGAUUUUGAUCUCUUAAUGACUGACAUUUAAACCAUCAUUUUAACGUUCACGUGAACAACACUUCAGCUGACGAGAUUGCUUCUCCAUCCAUCCAGCCAUCUUCUAG